ACAACCAAAACCAAGUAACUGUAAUGUGACAAAACCAAUAUUGUAUAAAUUAUGAAAAAUCAAAGCUCACCUGAAAGCUAUUUUUUUGGAGGAUAAUGAGAUGUCUUUAGGUAUUACGACUAUUAGGCAAUUUAUUUAUUUCUUUUGUUUUCUACACCAACACAUUCCAUUGCUGACACUGACUGUACGUAGUCCAAAAUCCAACCAGCUGCCCAACAAGAAAACUCGAAAUAUCACCGAUCGUUACAUUUUUCUGAUUCGCACCAAAUUCUAUUUAAAUCAGCAUUUUAAGAAACCUUUUGUUUACCUAGCCAUAGAUAUUUUCUAACCGAAGUACUGUUCUCAUCAUUUCUACUGUUUUUUUUUCCCAACUUUUAUAAUUCUACAAUAGCAUUAAUUCAUCGUUGGUCUAACUUUCGAAAAUGGCCGGAAUCAGAGCCAGAGGAUCAGAAACGGCAGUUGACGAUGAAGAUCCGAUUUAUGGGGACGUACUGGAAGAAAUACUGUCGCACGUCCCGUUGAUCGACUUGAUUCCGGCGUUGCAAGUGUCCAAGUCAUGGAACCAGGCCGUUCACGCCUCCCUCCGGUGCCGGAAUCCGCCCAAACCGUGGCUGAUUCUCCAUACCCAGUCCGCCCGCCACCCCUACGCCGCCGUGUCCACGCAUGCUUACGACCCCCGUUCGCACGUUUGGAUGAAGAUAUCUCAGCCGUCCUCGGAGAACCCAUCUCCCCUCCGAUCAUCCAAUUCCAAUUUUCUCUACAUGUUCCCGCCCUCCAUCAACCUCACCUUCUCGGUUGACCCGUUGACUCUGUCGUGGCACAAAGCGGGUCCCGCGACGACCUGCCGGCUGGACCCCAUCGUGGCCAAAGUCGGCGAGUCAGUCGUCGUCGCCGGUGGCGCGUAUGACUUCGAAGACGACCCUCUGGCGGUCGAGAUUUACGACACCAAGAGCCGGGAAUGGCGCAAGACCGAAUCGAUGCCGGAGGGUUUGAAAGGCUCGUCGUCUUCCACCUGGCUUUCCGUUGCUGCCACGGAUGAAAAACUCUUUCUCAUGAAGAAACAUUCCGGUAUUUUCCACUGCUUUGACUUACAAUCCAACUCCUGGUCUUCGCUGGGAAAUAUUCGACCCGACCCGCGUUGCUUUUACUCGGUCAUUGGACGCAUAUUGGAAGAUGACCGUCUGAUCGUGGUGGGAUUAACCCGGGACGUGGAUGAGAAAGCUGAAAAGGUGAAGAUAUGGGAAGUGGUUACUUGUGAUCACAGCUUUGAGUACUCCUUCAGAGAAAUAGGGGAGAUGCCUCCGGCGAUGUUGAAGAAGUUAAAGGGUGAAAGUCCCAUUGAUAUCUGCAUAGGAGGGAGCUUUGUGUAUAUUUAUAAACCGGAUGAUGUGGCGGAGUUGGUGGUGUGUGAGGUUGUCAACGGCGGCGCGUGCAAUUGGGGUAGCUUGAGUAACCCGGUGGCUACCGGAGAUGCUCGUCUGUCGGAGAAGGUUACAUUGACCUGCGUGGAUGUCAAACUGGAUGAGCUCCGGCGAUGUUUGAGUCGGAAGAUCGAGUACGUCAACCUUGAUUUUCGUUGACUAGGUCAAACUGUAUUUUUGACUAUAUACAUGCUUAUAUGAUAUGAUAUCUGUUUUUGGGUGUGUUUUCUGAACGGACCUCUCUCUGUGUUUAGCUCGUCACCUGUUAAAUUUGCAUUAAUUUUGUAACUUACUUCCAGUUUUAAGUUAAUGUAAGCAAAUGAAGGGGCGUAAAUUUGUCAAAUAUUUGAAUAAAAUGUACGCGUAACUCUAAGCAUUAUAAAACUAUUAUGCAAUGACGAUCAUGUUCUAAUUCAUCUAGACAAAUCUUUGUAAAUGGAGGGGUCAAUGUGUUUUAUGAUCGCAGGGUCGGAAAUUUAUAGUGUUAUUAAUGAAGGUGAUUGAAAAUAUUAUGUUUCUUUGAAUCGGGUUGUUUAGUUUGCUGACAUGUUUUGAAAAGAUAAAAAUCAGGUGAUUAAGUUGUUGCAUAUCAGAUUAUUGGAGAUCUCGUGGGGAAAUUUACAUGUGGAUGAAGAUAAAAUUGCUGAAACAACUUGGUUAACCCAACACCAAAUGGUGGUUUUCAAAGUACACCCCAACGACAAAGAUACAAAUAUUUUUAGAAGUAGUAUUUCGAAUCAAACUUUUUG